AUGGGUAAGAAAGGAUUCAAAUGCAGGGAGUGUGGGAAGAGCUUCAGACAGAGUGGACAACUUAAAUUACACCAACGGACUCACACAGGGGAGAAACCAUAUGAAUGUAUGGAGUGUGGGAAGAGUUUCCGACGAAGAGAUACCCUUAGAAUACAUCAACAAACUCACACAGGGGAGAAACCAUUUAAAUGUGUGCAGUGUGGAAAGAGCUUCAGUUCCAAUGCAACCUUUAGAUUACAUCAACGGACUCACACAGGGGAGAAACCAUAUGAAUGUAUGGACUGUGGGAAGAACUUCAGUCAGAGGGCACACCUUAAGUUACAUGCACAGACUCACACAGGGGAGAAACCUUAUAAAUGUAUGGAGUGUGGAAAGAGUUUCCGUCGAAGAGAUACACUUAGAAUACAUCAACGGACUCACACAGGGGAGAAACUAUUUACAUGUACGGAAUGUGGAUUGAGCUUCAGUCAGAAUGGAAACCUCAAAAAUCAUCAAAAGACGCAUUCAGGGGAGAAACCUUUUAAAUGUGUGGAGUGUGGAAAGAGUUUCCGUCGAAGAGAUACACUUAGAAUACAUCGACGGACUCACACAGGGGAGAAACCAUAUGAAUGUAUGGAGUGUGGAAAGAGCUUUAGUUCCGAUGCAGGCCUUAGAUCACAUCAACGGACUCACACAGGGGUGAAACCAUAUGAAUGUAUGGAGUGUGGAAAGAGCUUUAGUGAUAGUAGAACCCUUAGAAUACAUCAACAGACUCACACAGGAGAGAAACCAUUUAAAUGUAUGGAGUGUGGAAAGAGCUUCAGUUUCAAUUCAAACCUUAGACAACAUCAACGGACUCACACAGGAGAGAAACCAUUUAAAUGCACGGAGUGUGGAAAGAGCUUCAUUCAGAUUGGAAACCUUAGAAUACAUCAACGGACCCAUACAGGGGAGAAACCAUAUACUUGUAUGGAGUGUGGAAAGAGCUUCAGUCACAAUGCAGGCCUUAGAUCACAUCAACGGACUCACACAGGAGAAAAACCAUUUAAAUGUAUGGAGUGUGGAAAGAGUUUCAGUCACGAUGCAGGCCUUAGAUCACAUCAACGGACACACACAGGAGAGAAACCAUUUAAAUGCAUGGUGUGUGGAAAGAGCUUUAGUUAUGAUGCCGGCCUUAGAUCACAUCAACGGACACACACAGGAGAGAAACCAUUUGAAUGUAUCGAGUGUGGAAAGAGCUUUAGUUCCGAUGCAGGCCUUAGAUCACAUCAACGGACACACACAGGAGAGAAACCAUUUGAAUGUAUCGAGUGUGGAAAGAGCUUUAGUUCCGAUGCAGGCCUUAGAUCACAUCAACGGACACACACAGGAGAGAAACCAUUUAAAUGUAUGGAGUGUGGAAAGAGCUUUAGUUAUGAUGCCGGCCUUAGAUCACAUCAACGGACACACACAGGAGAGAAACCAUUUGAAUGUAUCGAGUGUGGAAAGAGCUUUAGUUCCGAUGCAGGCCUUAGAUCACAUCAACGGACACACACAGGAGAGAAACCAUUUAAAUGUAUGGAGUGUGGAAAGAGCUUCAGUUUCAAUUCAAACCUUAGACAACAUCAACUGACUCACACAGGGGAGAAACCAUUUAAAUGCAUGGAGUGUGGAAAGAGUUUUAGUGAUAGUGGAAGCCUUAGAAUACAUCAACGAACUCACACAGGUGAGAAACCAUUUAAAUGUAUGGAGUGUGGAAAGAGCUUCAUUCGGAUUGGCCACCUUAGAAUACAUCAACAGACACAUACAGGGGAGAAACCAUUUAAAUGUAUGGAGUGUGGAAAGAGGUUCAGUUGCAAUUCAAUCCUUAGAUCACAUCAACGGACUCACACAGGCAAGGGGAAACCAUUUGAAUGCAUGGAGUGCGGAAAGAGCUUCAGUUACACAUCUACCCUUAAAACACAUCAACGGACUCACAAAGGCGGGGGGGAAACCAUUUAA